CGGCUCGGCGCGUCUAUUAUGCUGCCGGGGCCGGCGAGCCAAAGAGGAGCCGGCCGCGCGGGCCGGGAGGGACGGCCGCCGGAGCGCCGAGGCCAAUCAUUGCCCGGUGGGGCCCGGAGAUGGGCUGCCGAGCUGCCUCGGGGGGCGUAGAGGGAGAGCGGGCGCCUGCAGGUUGCGGCUGUGACAGGAAGUGAGCACGUGGCUCAGGAUGUCCACGACGACGGUCGCCUCUGCGGGUAUCCCGGUGGCCCCGGGUCCCGUGAACCCGCCCCCACCGGAGGUCUCCAACCCCGGCAAGCCUGGCCGCAAGACCAACCAGCUGCAGUACAUGCAGAACGUGGUGGUGAAGACGCUGUGGAAGCACCAGUUCGCCUGGCCCUUCUACCAGCCUGUAGAUGCCAUCAAGCUGAAUCUGCCUGACUAUCAUAAAAUAAUUAAAAACCCGAUGGAUAUGGGGACUAUUAAGAAGAGACUAGAGAACAGUUAUUACUGGAGCGCCAGUGAAUGCAUGCAGGACUUCAAUACCAUGUUUACAAAUUGUUACAUAUAUAACAAGCCCACAGAUGACAUAGUGCUCAUGGCCCAAGCCUUAGAGAAGAUUUUUCUGCAGAAAGUGGCCCAGAUGCCCCAAGAGGAAGUUGAAUUAUUGCCCCCCGCUCCAAAGGGCAAAGGCCGGAAGCCGGCUGCAGGGACCCAGAGUACAGGGACGCAGCAAGUGGCGGCCGUGUCAUCUGUGUCCCCAGCGACCCCCUUCCAGAACGUCCCUCCUGCUGUCUCCCAGACGCCUGUCAUUGCUGCCACCCCUGUGCCAACCAUCACCGCAAACGUCACGUCGGUCCCCGUCCCCCCUGCUGCCGCCCCACCGCCUCCUGCGACACCCAUCAUCCCCGUGGUGCCCCCCACGCCGCCUGUCGUCAAGAAAAAGGGCGUGAAGCGGAAAGCAGACACGACCACGCCCACCACGUCCGCCAUCACUGCGGGCCGGGGCGAGUCGCCCCCGCCACUGUCGGACCCCAAGCAGGCCAAGGUGGUGGCGCGGCGGGAGAGUGGGGGCCGACCCAUCAAGCCGCCCAAGAAGGACCUGGAGGACGGCGAGGUGCCGCAGCACGCGGGCAAGAAGGGCAAGUUGUCAGAGCACCUGCGUUACUGUGACAGCAUCCUCAAGGAGAUGCUGUCCAAGAAGCACGCGGCCUACGCCUGGCCCUUCUACAAGCCUGUGGACGCGGAGGCCCUGGAGCUGCAUGACUACCAUGACAUCAUCAAGCACCCCAUGGACCUCAGCACCGUCAAGAAGAAGAUGGAUAGCCGCGAGUACCCAGAUGCACAGAGCUUCGCAGCUGACAUCCGGUUAAUGUUCUCCAAUUGUUACAAAUACAACCCUCCAGACCACGAGGUGGUGGCUAUGGCCCGGAAGCUGCAGGACGUGUUCGAGAUGAGGUUUGCCAAGAUGCCGGACGAGCCCGUGGAGGCACCCGCGCCCCCUGCGCCUGCAGCCCCGGUGGUGAGCAAGGGUGCCGAGAGCUGCCGCAGCAGCGAGGAGAGCUCGUCAGACUCCGGCAGCUCAGACUCAGAGGAGGAGCGGGCCACGAGGCUGGCGGAGCUGCAGGAGCAGCUGAAGGCUGUGCAUGAGCAGCUGGCCGCCCUGUCUCAGGCCCCAGUAAACAAACCAAAGAAGAAGAAAGAGAAGAAGGAGAAGGAGAAGAAGAAGAAGGACAAGGACAAAGAGAAGGAGAAGGAGAAGCACAAGGCCAAGUCCGAGGAAGACAAGAAGGCCAAGGUGGCACCGCCUGCCAAGCAGGUCCAGCAGAAGAAGGCUCCUGUCAAGAAGGCCAACAGCACAACCACGGCCAACAGGCAGCCGAAGAAGGGUGGCAAGCAGGCGUCCGCCUCCUAUGACUCGGAGGAGGAGGAGGAGGGCCUGCCCAUGAGCUAUGACGAGAAGCGCCAGCUCAGCCUGGACAUCAACCGGCUACCCGGGGAGAAGCUGGGCCGCGUGGUGCACAUUAUUCAGUCGCGGGAGCCCUCGCUCAGGGACUCCAACCCCGACGAGAUAGAGAUUGACUUUGAGACUCUGAAACCCACCACUUUACGGGAACUGGAGAGAUAUGUCAAGUCUUGUUUACAGAAAAAGCAGAGAAAGCCGUUCUCGACCAGUGGGAAAAAGCAGGCAGCCAAGUCGAAAGAGGAGCUAGCUCAGGAAAAGAAGAAAGAGUUGGAAAAGCGGCUACAGGACGUCAGCGGGCAGCUGAGCAACAACAAGAAGCCCGCCAAGAAAGAGAAAGGCGGCCCUGCACCCUCGGGCGGCCCAUCCAGGCUCAGCAGCAGCAGCUCCUCGGAGUCUGGGAGCAGCAGUUCCAGCGGGUCCAGCUCUGACAGCAGCGACUCAGAAUAGACCCUGGACUUGAACAAAAGGCAGCCCGACACGUGGACGUCGCCCACGCCAACCCUCUGCAGUGUUCCCUUCUAUGGUUAAUAUACUCCUUCUGUUCCAUGGUGUGCAGGUUUCCUGUUUAAUUCAGUGUUAUGAUCUCUCCCAGUUUUUGCUUUCAUAGGUCAAAGACCUCGUGUGUGGGCGCUAGACUUGAUGAGAAAGCCUGAGCGCUGCACAGAGUCCUCUUCCUAACAGAAUUCAGUCGCCUGGAGAUGACAACUUCGAAGCUAACCUGGUAACCGUAGAAAGCACGUAAGGUGUGGCCUGAAGGUUCUGCAAAGCCCCUUUCUUACGCCCGACCUGGCCGGUAGCUCCAGAAGGACUUCUGUCGGGAAAUUUCUCUGAAAUGGUACUGUGUCUGAGAGCCGAGUGCCCUGGGGCAGGCGGGGUCCUCGUCUCCAGCCCUCCGUCUGACGUGUCUGCGCUUCCUGCAGGGGCGAGGCCAGGCGUGCCCGCCCCAGGGAACCCAGCUGGGCUUAAGUGGAAGGGGUCACUGGUGCUCCAGACCAGGGCAGCGGGGGCAGGGCACGCGGGGGAGCAGCGACUUCCCUGACUGCUGUGACGCUGGGAGCUCCUGGGAGGGAGCGCCACGGCUGUGUGGCAGCGUGCAGGUUUCCAUACACUGAAACUUUUACCUCAACUUAAAAACAGAAGAAAAGAUUAAAAAAAAAAAGACUUUUUUGUAAGGUUCAGCAAUUUUCUACGACAGUCUGGCCCCAUGUGUGCCCCCAGCUCGUUAGGUCUGCUGCUGCUGCUGCACAUCCUGGAACGUUCUCCCAGCUCCGUGUAUAUAGAAAUACUUUAUUUAUUAACAUCAUUGGUCAUUUUUUAAAAAAAGAAAGAAAAAAGAAAAAACAAAACCGCAAAAGAAAUGCAUUAAAAAAAAAAAAAAAAAGAA